AGGUGCCGCUGUUUUUCACAAGUUCUCCGUUUCGCGCAGAUGGACGCUAGAUGUCGCUGUGCGUUGUGGCCCGUACUGAGCCGAGCGGCGGUCUGUCCUGAGAUCUCUGAGCCAGACAUUGAGCGGCUGGUUGAGACCGUGGGAUAAUGAGAAGCUGUUGAGAGGUCCGCCAUCAUGAUGGUAGCUGGCACAGAGCGGGGGGUGCCUGGAUGUUACUUUGUGCAUCACGUGACCCUCACUCCCUGCAAAAUCUGAUGAAGCUGCACAUUCUUCUGGGAUAGGCUGGAUGAGAGCUGAGAGGGACGUGGGAGCCCAUUGUGUCGCCCCAUGUAGUGGUGACUGUGUUCCCUUCCCCCACUGGUCACCAUUGCGAUUAUGGCAGACAGCGAAGAGCAGGAAGACUACAAGAUGCAGGCAUUUGAUGCUGACAUCCAGAAUCUUCUAAAAACAGCACUAAAAGAACCAGGGAAUGUGGACUUAGAAAAGGCUGCAAAUGUGAUUGCAGAUCAGUCACUAAGAGAUACCACCUUCAGCAGGGAAGCAGGAAGGAUGUGCUAUACUAUUAUCCAGGCGGAGAGCAAGCAGACAGGGCGCACCAUGUUUCGCUCCAGCCUCCUGAACCGGCUGCAGGUGGAGUAUAAGAACCGGAAGGAGACAAGGGCUCGCUCUCUGCAGGAGUGGGUGUGCUACGUCGGCUUCAUGUGCAACGUCUUCGACUAUCUUAGGGUGAAUAACAUGCCGAUGCUGGCUCUAGUUCAUCCUGUGUACGACUGCCUAUUUGAUUUGGUACAGCCUGAGAGUCUGAAAAGGGAAGAGGAGGUUGAUUGCUUGGUAUUACAGUUACAUCGGGUAGGGGAGCAGCUGGAGAAGAUGAACUGCCAGCGUAUGGAUGAUCUUUUCUCGCAGCUGAGAGACAGUUUCCUCCUGCAGGGAGGCCUCAGUUCACUAACCCAGCUCCUGCUGCUCGAGAUGAUUGAGUAUAGGGCGGCCGGUUGGCGUAUGACUGACGCUGCACAGAACUAUUAUUAUAGUGAAGUGUCGGACUGAUUCCAUAGACGUUGGAUUUUAUCCUACAUGUACAUUAAAAGCACAAGAUUUUAUAAACCCUUUAGUUGCCGCAGAGCCAUGAAAGACGCGUUUCAGAAAGGAAGUGUUAAUGCAGAGGAGCUCCCCAAAGACAUACACCUUACGCCUCCCUUUCAUAUGUAAAAUAUGCCCCUAGUAUCGGAUGUCUGGCUCAGCCAGUGUCAUAUUUUGUUUUUGGCCUUGAUUCAACCAUAGUUAGGUCAGCGUGUGCAGUUGGUCAGAGAAGGACAAAUGGAAGCCCAGAGCAUAAACUUUAGGGGAUUUCAUUGGACAUGCUCAAAAGCAUCAUGGCUUUUUGGCACUAAAAUUAGUUUGAGCAGCGUAAUGGAUUUGCAGCACUAAAGUAAAGCAAAUAGGGUUUGUAUUAUUAGAGUUCUUUUGCAAAAGCAUAACACUUUAACAUGCUGGAGUUGAAGGGUAAGGCAGGUUAUCAGUCUUGUUGUGUGUUACUAAACAAAGGCUAGUUAAUAUGGUGGCACAUUCCAGGGUUCUGUGGCAUUAUCUGCUCUGGCAGAGAAAAUUCCAAUAUUAAACACCCUGUGCAAAUGUUGGGCAUUUUUAGGUAUAAAUCCACCUAAAAGCGAAUACACAAGGCAGUUUGGCAUAGUAUUGGUACUUUUCCAUCAGCGUAGGAAGUUCCAUGUGUAACUUGUCCCCCAAGGAUAAUUGCACACAUGGUGUACUUGGUAGAGAAACAAAAUGUUUUAAAGGAGUUGUUAACCUUUGAAUUAACUUUUAGUAUGAUGUAGAGAGUGAUAUUCGGAGACAAUUUGCAAUUAAUUUUAAUUUCUUUUUAGCUUUUCAGUUAUUUAGCUUUUUAUUCAGCAUUUGCAUUUUUCCUGGCGACCAUGCAUUGAUACAAAUCAGAUACUGGAAGAUUAUUUGGAGAGGGCCUGAAUAGAGAGAUGAGCAAUAAAAAGUAGCAAUAACAAUACAUUUGUAGCCUUACAGAGCUUUUGUUUUAGAUGGGAACAGUGAACCCCAUUUGAAAGCUGAAAUGAGUCAGAAGAAGGCGGCAAAUAAUUAAAAACUAUAAAAAAAACAAAAUCAAGGCCAAUUGAAAAGUUGCUUAGAUUUAGCCAUAACGUACCAAAAGUUAACUUAGUCAACCACCCCUUAAAAUCAAUUUCAUGUUGAAUUUGUCACAAUUUUGGAACAUUAAACACCUACCAACAGGCACUGGCAAGAAAUACUCACUGAAAGGUAAAUGGGAGGAGAUGAUUUAGAGGGCUUUGUCCCCACCGACAGAAGCUACAAAAUGCUUGAAAUCGCCCUUUAAAGAAUAACUUAUAACCAUACUAGAUUCACUGUGAUCAGAGGAAAAAGUAAACUGCCAGAACUUCAUGAAUCCCGCCAUGUCACAUGAGUGCCACAGUAGGUGUAAGAUAUAUGCAUCUGUGGGCUUCCUCUGCCACCAGCUCUCAGGUUUUCUUUUAUAUUUGCCGCCAUUUCAUGUAAGCAGAGAUACGAAGCAGGCAGCACCCACACAGAGCCUGGUGCUCUAAAUGGAGAGAGGGAUUGCAUGCUCUGCACAUCAUGACCGCCUCUUGUGUAGGGCAAUACAUAGUUUAUACUCUGCUGGGUAAUUCAAAAAGUUGUUUUAUAAAAUAAAAUAAAAAAUUGUCUGAACGACGUACAUUUAAAAAAAAAAACCCUUUGUAAUGAUUUCACCUGUACAAAGGAAGUUGCUUUUAUGGUAAAUUUUAUUAAUAAAGUUUUUCUACACUA